AGGUCACUACAGUGAGCUAUGCGUGUCCCGUCUGUCCAAAUGUGAACCGACACUAUUUUAGAAACCUGUGCACAUAAUGUGAUCACGCCGGAUCUCUCACACGCACGCUUCGUGUACAGGUAUAUUAAGAGCUGAACUGUGCCGGGCCGCUCAGGCUGAUGGGCGGACUGGGCCCGCUCGCUCCCCGGAAGCUCCGCCCGCUCGCCGUGCGUCUCCUCAGCCCUCAUUCAAAACAGAGGACAGCUGUUGCGAGGCACACCGUCGUGUCUCCGAAAACUGUUAGCGGCGCGCCGUCUCCUGGCGCACCCGCUGGAAUAUCAGGAGAAGAAAGAAGAAAACGGCGCACCCCGACGACAGGAGCCAGCCUCACAGAGAGACGGGACUCGAUAGACAAACGACGGCAGUACAGAAAAAAACGGGCUGACCUCACUUCCAGCACUAUGCCCAUCUAACACACCACUAGGGCCAGGUGGACUUUGGAGCAUUUGAGGAUGAUGAACGAUCUCCUGCGCUAGAGCUAGAUGGUGUGGGAAUGAUGGACCUCCCUAAUGGCCAAUCAAGCAUCACCACCACCGCUGCGACAAUCUCUGAGAAGAGCAGCAGCUCAGAUUCUCUCAGUGAUAAGGGUUCAUCAGAGCUGAAGAAGAGUUUCGAUGCCGUCGUGUUCGAUGUGCUGAAGGUCACUCCUGAAGAAUAUGCAGGCCAGAUUACACUCAUGGAUGCUCCUGUGUUCAAAGCCAUUCAGCCAGAGGAACUGUCAAGCUGCGGCUGGAACAAGAAGGAGAAACACAGCUCUGCUCCAAAUGUCGUGGCCUUCACUCGCAGGUUCAACCAGACAAGUUUUUGGGUGGUAAGAGAGAUCCUCCAUGCGCAGACGUUGAAGAUCAGAGCCGAAGUGCUGAGUCUUUACAUCCGCACUGCCAAGAAACUGUGUGACAUUAACAACCUCCAUGCAGUCAUGGCGGUGGUGUCGGGGCUACAAAGUGCUCCCAUCUUCAGGCUUACCAAAACGUGGGCGCUACUCAGUCGGAAGGACAAGGCAACGUUUGAUCGACUGGACUACCUGAUGUCCAAAGAAGACAACUACAAACGUCUGAGAGACUUCAUAAGCAGCCAGAGCAUGGUCUCUUGUAUACCAUACCUAGGGAUGUACCUGUCGGAUCUCACCUACAUAGACUCGGCCUACCCCUCAACAGGAAGUAUCUUGGAGAACGAACAGAGAUCCAACCUCAUGAACAACCUCCUCAGAAUCAUAUCGGACCUGCAGAGAUCCUGUACCUACGAUAUACAGGUGUUGCCUCAUGUGCAGAAGUAUCUCAACUCAGUCAGGUAUAUUGAGGAGCUGCAGAAGUUUGUGGAGGACGACAAUUACAAGUUGUCACAGAAGAUUGAGCCAGGCACCAGCACACCACGAGCAAACGCCUCCAAAGAGGAUCUUGUGGGCCAGGAGGCGUCAGCAUCUCCUCUCUGCAGCCGAAAAUGUACAGUAGCAAGUGAGGGACCCAAAGUCCCGGCCACUCCGCCCUCCCCCAGGAACCUGCUGCCCUAUGGACACAGGAAGUGCCACAGCCUGGGCUACAAUUUUAUUCAUAAAAUGAAUACAGUAGAGUUUAAAAGUGCUACGUUCCCCAAUGCCGGUUCUCGCCACCUGUUGGACGACAGUGUGAUGGAGAGCCACAGUCCCACCAGAGGACAAGCAGAGAGCUCAACGUUGUCCAGCGGUAUUUCACUGGGGAGCAGUGAGGGCUCGGAGCUCAGUGAAGAAGUGUCCUGGCCAGCUUUUGAGAGGACUCGGUUCUAUCACUCUCUGGGCCCAGUGACCCGAGUUGCCCGCAUCCCCUACAGAGGAGUCCUGAGGCCCAGCAGCUCUGCGGAAUCAGAAGAGCUUGCAGUUCACUUGUAUCCCGGAGCAGUCACCGUGCAGGGGGUGUUGAGACGAAAGACUGUGCUCAAGGAGGGCAAGAAACCAACAGUGGCAUCUUGGACCAAAUACUGGGUCGCUCUUUGUGGAACCCAGCUCUACUAUUACCCUGCCAAGUCCCUGAAGGCCACUGAGAGGAAACAUUUCAAGUCAACGUCCAGUAAGAGCGUGUGUGUGGUGGGUCUAAUGGCCAUAAUGGCAGAUGAUCCUGAGCAUCCUGAUGUCUUCUUGCUGACUGACUCAGAGCAAGGUAACACCUACAAGUACCAAGCAGGGAACAGAAUGAACGCUUUGCUCUGGUUCAAACAUCUGAGUGCUGCCUGUCAGAGCAAUAGGCAACAGGUGCCAGCCAAUCUGAUGUCUUUCGAGUGACCGAUGCUGGGAAGUGCGACCGAGCGAAGGGGAGAGGGAUGAGGAAACGGACAAGGAGGAUGAGGAGGAGUACUGACUCAUUAGUGGGAGCUUUCACUGCCAUGAGCCCUGCCCACUGAUUCAGAUUCUAGCCCACUGCAGCCUCACUUGCCACCACUGCCUUAACUAGAAUACCCCGUGUGUGUUUGUGCUUGUAUGUGAGAGUGAAUGGAAGUGUGUGUGUGUGUGUGUGUGUGUGUGUGUGUGUGUGUGUGUGUGUGUGUGUGUGUGUGUGUGUGUGUGUGUGUGUGUGUGUGUGUGUGUGUGUGUGUGUGUGUGUGUGUGUGUGUGUGUGUGUGUGUGUGUGUGUGUGUGUGUGUGUGUGUGUGUGUGUAAGGGACUGUUUUGGAUGUAUUGACUACUGAACUAGGACCUGGACCACUCCUCUCGUCUCCCAUUGGCCAAGUGUUUAGCACUUCAGUGGAGCCGUUCAACUUCUCCUCUCCUCUUUCACAGACUGACUGACCAUCCUCGGGUGGACAGAAAUAAUCCUCCCCUUCGGUUUUCUUGAGGGGUUAUCUAUUUUUAUUCAUGUCCCUGUCGUGCUUUGAAAGCAAGAUUCUCUCCUUUUAUUCAGCUGGACACAAAAUCACAACAUGCACACCCCAAUCGGACUAAGUCAUUGGAGGGUUUGGAAAAACACUUCUUUUACCCAUUGGAUUCACACUUUCAAUUGUUUGUCUCUCUUCAUUCACUUGAGUUUGCUUGGAGUCACGGGAUUAUUUACAAGAACCAUGCAUUCACUCUCUCCCUAUCUCUCACACGCACGCACGCACGCACACACACACACACGGACAGGCCUAUUUGAUUGCAUGGUAAACGCAAGGGCUCUGAUUCGCAAUCGAUUCCAGCAGAAACAAUUCCCUCACUUCCUGAACGUUUUUAUUUUUCAUCACAGUACGUAGCCCCUCUUCUUUUGUCAUAUACUCGCUAAGUGUUCUGUACCUGUGUGUGUGUGUGUGUGUGUGUAUGUGUGUCUGUAUGUACAACUGCAUUGGGUGAGGAGAGGAAAUUUUUGCUUAAAUGACAGGAAACCUGUUCCACAUAGGUACGAUAAUCCCAGAGUCGAAGCUAAGACGUGUUCACGGUUGGGUAGACGAGAGUUCCUCCUUUUACAAACCUGCAGUUCUUAGUUCUCCAGUGUCGUCUGCUCUCUGUCAUCAUCGCCUGCAUCGGCUCAGGAAGGUGAUGCUCACUUCACCAGACUCACACUCAUACUAAAACACUAAAGACUUGAAACUGUGUACUGGGUCCUGAGAGAGCAGCAGCACAAAGCUGAUUUCAUCUCCUCUCCGUCUUGUUGCUUAGCGUGGUUCGAUGCUCUGGUCUGGAGCAGACAGUCAAAGCUUCCUGGAGCCAUACAAGUCUAUUUUAAAUCUUGUUUGUUGAUAUUGUUUUGUGUUGUUAGUUUCUUUUCCAUUUUUUUGGGAGGGAUGGAGCAGUUCACAGUAUUACCAUGUAGAAGAUAAUUGCGCGUCAAUGUAGAAAUUUUUUUUGUCUGUUACAUAUGAAUGUUACAUUUUUGUUUCUUUGUUUUUCUCCGUUUUUUGGAGCGGUCAUUUUGAAUAUUUUAUGUACAUGUGAAUGAUUUUUUUCUACUUCUUGCCUGUUGUUCUAUUAGCCAGGUCCCAGCUUAGUUAAAGCCCGAACCAUGUUGCAUCUGAUUUGGAAAUAGCUCAAGCACCUUGGUUAUGAUCAGUGCCAAGUGACUGGCAGAGGGAAAAAACCUGGGAUUUAGUUUCCACUGUGCAUCACAGAUGUUUUAGCGUACCACAAAUAGACGGUCACUGAUUGUUUUAGAGCAAACAGGAUCAGGACGGUGGUGAUGACAAUGAUGAGGUGCUUAUCGCCCAGUAAUUCAAAACAAAUUCUAAUCUCCUUUAUGGAACGGCUGUUUACAUUGUAUGUUUACACAAUCUUUAGCCCAACAUCACAGCCUCCACACGGCUCCACCUGUACUUUAUCUACUUUAGGAAAAUAUAUUGCGUAGAAUUAACUGUCGCAUCAAUGGGUUAUAGAGUUUCGGGGCCGAACAUAUCUGUAUUCACAGCACAGGAUCGGCUUUAAUGCGUCUAAUCUGAUCAAACUGUCCUCGACACAAUGUACAAGUCAUCAGUUCAGCUUUUUUUUUAGGCGGGACAGACAUUAUGAAGUGAGACAGUGACGUUCAGUCCUUUUUGUAUAUGAACUGAAGAGAUGACAGUGAACGAACCUGUGAAAGAAUGAAAGAGGAGGCCAACAACAGGCUUAUGUAACGCGGCAGUUAAUCUAAAUAUUUGUGUGCUUGUGCAUACUUUACUCCUUUUUUUAUUUUUCAAACCCAUUGUAACUCAAGACAGAUAGGCAAAUCCCAUCAGACUACUGUCCCUGCUGAGCAGUGGGGUAACCAGCCACCUAAUCAUCUGCGUGGCUGAAUCACGCCAGCUCAGGCUACGACUCCACACUGGCUCAUGUUUUACGAGAUGUGUGAAGAGAGGCGGACUGGUGAGCAGAUAGGAAGUGGAAACGGUACUCGUCUGUGUCGGCUUUGGCUGGAGCUGCAGAACGGAGCAGAGUGCAUCUGAAAUGACAAAAAUCCCAGCACUGGAGCACUAGGAUAGUUACUGGUGUUUUUAUACCACUGGUGGGCCGGGGGCCUGUGAGAGGGGGCUGUGAAUGAAUUAAGUGAAAUUAGUUUUAGGUUUGGGGUUGAUAGGCUGUGUUUAUAUACCGAUGCUGGUUGGUCUUUAUCAAAAGUUUUUUUUCAGUUGAGCAAGUAUCACGGCUGUUUCAGAAACUGAGCAAGGCGGCCGGAUGUGGCUGAGAUGUAAACAAACCCACAAUGCAGACAGACAAUAUUUCCUUUCCUUUCAGCUCCCUGUAUCUGAUGUUCACUUAGAAUGAUGAAAGAAAAAGAAAUGUCAUAAUCUUUCCUCUGAGGAAUUCCCUAAUCAUGUCAAGCGCUUUUCGUGAGGUUUUCCUCACUGUAACCCAAGUUUACAUGAAUUUCUUUUUUAUGAUAAUCAUUUCUGUACAAUGCAUGUUCAGAACAAUGGAAACUAUGUUUCAUGUUUGUUUUGUGGUUUUAGGCGACUGGAUUUCAAGGCCAAUCAUGACUGACGUAGAGACCCCACAAUCAUCUAUUUUACGAUGAGAGUGGAACGUUCGAAUGUCAGACCCAAGAUCAUUUUUGGUUAUUAUGAAGAAAAUUGAUGUCAUCCUUGAAAAAAUUCUCUUAGCUGUGGUCAGAAUUCAUGUUGUUUCCCUCGAGUUGACCACACUGUCUACAAAUGCACAAUUUGCCCUGUAUUAACUGUUCUGAGUGAAUCUUACCUUCUGAAUUCAUUCUUUUUUAACGGUCUUGGGAAAUGUUUAAAGGCUGAGAUGACGGGUUCAAGCAGAGGACGGUGUGUGAGUGUGGUUAUAUGAUGUUUAUUCUUUGCUGGAGAUAUUGAACCAAUGUGAAUCUAUGCCUCCUGUGCUCUUGGCAAGGCAUCGUUUACCAAGGACAUCAACAACAAACUAAGUUCAACCCAUCAAACGUGGUGAGGGUGAUGUAUUAGUGACCUUUGACCUUCACCCUGUGUGUCUAUCUCUGUCUGCCUGUGUCUUGACUGUGGCGAGCGCUGUGACCUCCACUGCUGAGUGAUGUGCUGCCUGGUGUGACGACUGAGAACCAAUAAACACUCUGCCCUUUUUUACUCCA